GGCUGUGGGUGUGAGUGUGCGUGUGGCUGUGGCUGUGGGUGUGAGUGUGCGCGCGCGGGCGGCGGGGAAGCAGGAAGUCCCCGCGGCGGAGCGCACACGGACAUGUUUGAUCGCCGCCGUGACAGGACGCGCGCGGGCGAGGGAGCGGCGGCCGGGGCUGGGCCGCGGGCCUAGGGCUCCGGCGGACACGGGCUCCCUCCCGGCCACAGGUUCGGCGAGCCCCGCUCGGCUCCUAUGUUUGUUCCGCGUCCCCCCAGUAUCGUUGCACUGAUUGGCGGAGACACAGAGAAGUAGAUGUCCACACCCACAGACCCUGGCGCGAUGCCCCACCCGGGGCCUUCGCCGGGGCCCGGACCCUCUCCCGGACCGAUUCUCGGACCUAGUCCGGGGCCUGGGCCGUCCCCAGGUUCCGUCCACAGUAUGAUGGGGCCAAGUCCCGGACCUCCAAGCGUCCAACACCCUAUGCCUACGAUGGGGUCUGCCGACUUCCCACAGGAGGGCAUGCAUCAAAUGCACAAGCCCAUGGACGGCAUGCACGACAAGGGGAUUGUGGAAGACAUCCACUGCGGGUCCAUGAAGGGCACCGGCAUGCGACCGCCUCACCCGGGGAUGGGCCCACCCCAGAGCCCGAUGGACCAACACAGCCAAGGCUACAUGUCGCCGCACCCGUCUCCCCUGGGAGCCGCAGAGCACAUCUCCAGCCCUAUGUCGUCGGGAGGCGGCCCCACCCCACCCCAGAUGCCACCGAGCCAGCCCGGGCCCCUCAUCCCCGGCGACCCGCAGGCCAUGAGCCAGCCCAGCAGAGGCCCCUCGCCUUUCAGUCCCGUCCAGCUGCACCAGCUGCGGGCUCAGAUUUUAGCUUAUAAGAUGCUGGCCCGGGGCCAGCACCUCCCCGAGACGCUGCAGCUCGCGGUCCAGGGGAAGAGGACGUUGCCUGGCAUGCAGCAGCAGCAGCAGCCGCCGCCGCCGCCCCAGCCGCAGCCGCCGCCCCAGCCGCAGCAGCCACAGCAGCAGGCCCUCGUGAACUUCAACAGGCCAGCUGGCCCCGGGCCGGAGCUGAGCGGCCAGAGCACCCCACAGAAGCUGCCCGUGCCCGCGCCCAGCGGCCGGCCCUCGCCCGCGCCCCCCGCAGCAGCCCAGCCGCCCGCAGCCGCAGUGCCCGGGCCCUCGGUGCCGCAGCCUGCGCCUGGGCAGCCCUCGCCCAUCCUGCAGCUGCAGCAGAAGCAGAGCCGGAUCAGCCCCAUCCAGAAACCGCAAGGCCUGGACCCCGUGGAGAUUCUGCAGGAGCGGGAGUACAGACUCCAGGCUCGCAUAGCUCACAGGAUACAAGAACUGGAAAACCUGCCUGGCUCUCUGCCACCAGAUUUACGAACCAAAGCAACCGUGGAACUGAAAGCGCUUCGGUUACUCAAUUUCCAGCGUCAGCUGAGGCAGGAGGUGGUGGCCUGCAUGCGGCGGGACACAACCUUGGAGACGGCUCUCAACUCCAAGGCGUACAAGCGGAGCAAGCGCCAGACCCUGCGGGAAGCCCGCAUGACGGAGAAGCUGGAGAAGCAGCAGAAGAUCGAGCAGGAGAGGAAGCGCCGGCAGAAGCACCAGGAAUACCUGAACAGUAUUUUGCAACAUGCGAAAGAUUUUAAGGAGUACCAUCGUUCCGUGGCCGGAAAGAUCCAGAAGCUUUCCAAAGCAGUGGCGACGUGGCAUGCCAACACGGAGAGGGAGCAGAAGAAAGAGACAGAGCGGAUCGAGAAGGAGAGGAUGCGCAGACUGAUGGCUGAAGACGAAGAGGGCUACAGGAAACUGAUCGAUCAAAAGAAGGACAGGCGUUUAGCUUACCUUUUACAGCAGACCGAUGAGUACGUGGCCAACCUGACCAGCCUGGUGUGGGAGCACAAGCAAGCCCAGGCGGCCAAGGAGAAGAAGAAGAGGAGGAGGAGGAAGAAGAAGGCCGAAGAGAAUGCAGAGGGAGGAGAGUCUGCCCUGGGACCGGAUGGAGAGCCGAUAGACGAGAGCAGUCAGAUGAGUGACCUUCCUGUCAAAGUAACUCACACAGAAACCGGCAAGGUCCUGUUUGGACCAGAAGCACCCAAAGCAAGUCAGCUGGACGCCUGGUUGGAAAUGAACCCUGGCUAUGAAGUUGCCCCCAGGUCCGACAGCGAAGAGAGUGAUUCUGAUUAUGAGGAGGAGGAUGAGGAGGAGGAGUCCAGUCGGCAGGAAACGGAAGAGAAAAUACUUCUGGAUCCGAACAGUGAAGAAGUCUCUGAGAAGGACGCUAAGCAGAUCAUUGAGACGGCCAAGCAGGACGUGGAUGAUGAGUACAGCAUGCAGUGCAGUGCCAGAGGCUCCCAGUCCUACUACACGGUGGCCCACGCCAUCUCCGAGAGGGUGGAGAAGCAGUCUGCCCUCCUCAUCAAUGGGACCCUGAAGCACUACCAGCUCCAGGGCCUGGAAUGGAUGGUCUCCCUGUAUAAUAACAAUCUGAACGGGAUCUUAGCUGACGAAAUGGGCCUGGGCAAGACCAUACAGACCAUUGCACUCAUCACUUACCUGAUGGAGCACAAACGGCUCAAUGGCCCCUAUCUCAUCAUCGUGCCCCUUUCGACGCUGUCUAACUGGACAUAUGAAUUUGACAAAUGGGCUCCUUCUGUGGUGAAAAUUUCUUACAAGGGCACCCCUGCCAUGCGCCGCUCCCUGGUCCCCCAGCUGCGGAGUGGCAAGUUCAACGUCCUCCUGACAACCUACGAGUACAUUAUCAAAGACAAGCACAUCCUUGCAAAGAUCCGGUGGAAGUACAUGAUCGUGGACGAGGGCCACCGGAUGAAGAACCACCACUGCAAGCUGACCCAGGUCCUGAACACUCACUACGUGGCCCCCAGGAGGAUCCUGCUGACCGGGACCCCGCUGCAGAACAAGCUCCCGGAGCUCUGGGCGCUCCUCAACUUCCUGCUCCCCACCAUCUUCAAGAGCUGCAGCACCUUCGAGCAGUGGUUCAAUGCUCCGUUCGCCAUGACAGGAGAAAGGGUGGACUUGAAUGAAGAAGAAACUAUAUUGAUCAUCCGGCGUCUACAUAAGGUUUUGCGUCCAUUUCUACUGAGGAGACUGAAGAAGGAAGUGGAAUCCCAGCUUCCAGAAAAGGUUGAAUACGUGAUCAAGUGUGACAUGUCAGCUCUGCAGAAGAUCCUGUAUCGCCACAUGCAAGCCAAGGGGAUCCUCCUCACAGAUGGUUCUGAGAAAGAUAAGAAGGGGAAAGGUGGUGCUAAGACACUCAUGAACACUAUCAUGCAGCUGCGAAAAAUCUGCAAUCACCCCUAUAUGUUUCAGCACAUUGAGGAAUCGUUUGCUGAACACCUGGGAUACUCGAAUGGGGUCAUCAAUGGGGCUGAGCUGUAUCGGGCCUCGGGAAAGUUUGAGCUACUUGAUCGUAUUCUGCCAAAAUUGAGAGCGACUAACCACCGCGUGCUGCUUUUCUGCCAGAUGACGUCGCUCAUGACCAUCAUGGAGGAUUACUUUGCUUUUCGGAACUUCCUUUACCUGCGCCUGGACGGCACCACCAAGUCUGAAGAUCGUGCUGCUCUGCUGAAGAAAUUCAACGAGCCCGGGUCCCAGUAUUUCAUUUUCUUGCUGAGCACGAGAGCGGGAGGCCUGGGCUUAAACCUCCAGGCCGCCGACACCGUGGUCAUCUUUGACAGCGACUGGAACCCUCAUCAGGACCUGCAAGCCCAGGACCGGGCCCACCGCAUCGGCCAGCAGAACGAGGUGCGGGUGCUGCGGCUCUGCACGGUGAACAGCGUGGAGGAAAAGAUCCUGGCCGCCGCCAAGUACAAGCUCAACGUGGAUCAGAAGGUGAUCCAGGCGGGCAUGUUCGACCAGAAGUCUUCGAGCCACGAGCGGAGGGCGUUCCUGCAGGCCAUCCUGGAGCACGAGGAGGAGAAUGAGGAAGAAGACGAAGUCCCGGACGACGAGACUCUGAACCAAAUGAUCGCUCGGCGAGAAGAAGAAUUUGAUCUUUUCAUGCGCAUGGACAUGGACCGGCGCAGGGAGGAUGCCCGCAACCCGAAGCGCAAGCCCCGCCUCAUGGAGGAGGACGAGCUGCCCUCCUGGAUCAUUAAGGACGACGCGGAAGUGGAGCGGCUCACCUGUGAGGAGGAGGAGGAGAAGAUAUUUGGGAGGGGCUCCCGCCAGCGCCGGGACGUGGACUACAGCGACGCCCUCACGGAGAAGCAGUGGCUGCGGGCCAUUGAAGACGGCAAUUUGGAAGAAAUGGAAGAGGAAGUACGGCUUAAGAAACGAAAAAGACGAAGAAAUGUGGAUAAAGAUCCCGCCAAAGAAGAUGUGGAAAAAGCUAAGAAGAGACGGGGUCGCCCUCCCGCAGAGAAGUUGUCACCAAAUCCCCCCAAACUGACAAAGCAGAUGAAUGCUAUCAUCGAUACUGUGAUCAACUACAAAGACAGGUGUAACGUGGAGAAGGUGCCCAGUAAUUCUCAGUUGGAAAUAGAAGGAAACAGUUCAGGGCGACAGCUCAGUGAAGUCUUCAUUCAGUUACCUUCAAGGAAAGAAUUGCCAGAAUACUAUGAAUUAAUUAGGAAGCCGGUGGAUUUCAAAAAAAUAAAGGAAAGGAUUCGGAACCACAAGUACCGGAGCCUGGGCGACCUGGAGAAGGACGUCAUGCUGCUCUGCCACAACGCGCAGACCUUCAACCUGGAGGGCUCCCAGAUCUAUGAAGACUCCAUCGUCUUACAGUCGGUGUUUAAGAGCGCGCGGCAGAAAAUUGCCAAAGAGGAGGAGAGCGAGGACGACAGCAACGAAGAGGAGGAGGAGGAAGACGAAGAGGAAUCGGAGUCGGAAGCAAAGUCUGUUAAGGUGAAGAUCAAGCUCAAUAAAAAAGACGAGAAAGGUCGGGACAAGGGAAAAGGCAAGAAAAGGCCAAAUCGAGGAAAAGCCAAACCUGUGGUGAGCGACUUCGACAGCGACGAGGAGCAGGAUGAGAACGAACAGUCAGAAGCAAGCGGGACUGAUGACGAGUGAUGGAUACGGACCUUGUCCCAACAAAUUCCUUCCUCCCCUCUCACUUCUACCCAGUGAGUUCGUUUGUGGUAUGGGCGCUGGGCUGUUUCUAUAUCAUCCUCAUCACCUACACACUAGCUUUAGGAUAGUGCCAGACAAACAUAUGCUAUCAUGGUGUAAAAAAAAACGCGCACACAAAUAUUUGUAACAUAUUGUGACCAAACGGGCCUCAAAGAUUAAAACCAACAAAAUAAAAGCUUUUGAUGGAAAA